UUCGAAGGUGCGAGUUUCUGCAACACACACACACUGCUGUGCUGCCGGUGUACCUGCAGGUUCUCCGUUUCAGGUCGCUGGCAUCGCCUGCGAGUAGCGUGCGGAGAAAAGUUGGUCUGCGCCGCCGAGAUCUGCUUUCCGCGCGACUUAGUCCAGCGCCGGACUUUUAAGAGAAGAAAAGCACUCUCUCCUGGUUGGCGAUUACUUCAGUUUGACCAUCGGUGCGGAAGCAACAGCUCCGAAAAUGGCCUAUAAAAUGGUAGACACAAGCAAGUGGCCGACCAUCCCGGACAUGUACCGGGGUCGGUCGAUUUUCAUCACCGGCGGCUCAGGGUUUAUGGGCAAAGUGCUGGUCGAGAAGCUGCUGUACUCGUGCCCGGACCUGGAAAAAAUUUACCUCUUGCUGCGGCCCAAGAGAGGACUCAGCGAAGAAGCAAGAAUCGUCGAAAUGAUGAAACUGCCGGUUUUCGAGCGAAUUCGCAAUGAGCGACCUGGUGCCACGUCGAAGGUGGUGGCCAUCCCAGGCGACCUUUGUGCCGAAGGACUGGGUUUGAGUGACGAGCACCGAGCUCUGCUGCAGCGAGAGGUGUCCAUCGUCUUCCACAGCGCAGCCACGCUCAAAUUGGAGGCUCCGUUGAAAGAUGCCAUCAUUCAAAAUACAAGCGGCACCGCCAAAAUGAUUGAACUUGCCAAGGGCAUGAAGAAACUUGAGGCUUUCAUGCACUUGUCGACGGCAUUUUGCCACGUUGACCAUUUGGUGCUGGAAGAGACGACAAACGAGGCUCCUUACGAGCCCGAAGACUUGAUGAAAUCUGUGACUUGGAUGAAUGAUGAAAUGCUCGCAGAGCUGGAGAAAAAAGUUUUGCCUCCCAACCCCAACACAUACACAUUUUCGAAGCGACUGGCCGAAACGCUGAUCAAGAGAGCCGAGCGCGAAAUUCCUGUUGCCAUUUGCAGGCCCUCCAUCGUGGUUCCGUCUCUGAAAGAGCCCAAGCCCGGCUGGGUCGACAGCCUGAACGGACCCGUCGGCAUCCUGGUGGCCGCCGGCAAGGGAGUGCUGCGCUCGAUGCACUGCAACCCUGACUACCACGCUCAAGUCAUUCCCGUCGACAUCGCGAUCAACGCUCUCAUUUCCGCGUCCUGGAGACGCAUUUUCGACAAGAAUAAGUACGAAGUGCAGGUGUUCAACAUCACGACAGGAAACAUCGCGCCCAUCACCUGGGGCGAGGUGGUCGGCAGAGGCAAGAAGCACUUCCACGCGAACCCUUUCGAGGGCGCCGUGUGGUACCCUGACGGCGAAAUCCGCAGCAACAAGUACAUGCACAUGCUCACCCUCUACCUCUUCCACUGGGUCCCUGCGAUUUUGAUCGACUGCCUCCUCUUUUUGUUCGGCCAGAAAAGAUUCAUGAUCCGCCUUCAGAAAAAAAUCUCCUUCGGUUUGAACCUGUUGUACUUUUUCACAACUCGCGAGUGGGUCUUUGCGAAUGAAAACUUUGCCGCGAUGAACAAGCAAAUGUGUCCGUCGGACAGGGAAACGUUCUUCCAAGACACGGAGAACGUCGACCAGGACUUGUACUUGAAGAACGUCAUUUUAGGAGCUCGUCAGUACUGCAUGAAGGAAGAUCUUUCCACCCUGCCAGCUGCAAGGAGGCACGCCAAAAGGCUUUGGUGGGUUCAGCAGAUCUUUUGGGGAAUUAUUUACUUCUACAUUGCCUACUGGAUCAUCUCUUGGAACGACAAUGCAAAGCAAUUUGUUGAUACGGCCAUUGGCAGUGUCAAAUCUGGCAUCACUGGUGUUGUGGGCUCCGUUUUUGGUGGCUCCAGCGCCAAGUAAGGUGAACUGAAUCGCUCUCUUUUCAAUCAGGAUUUGAUUUUUGCUCAAUCAGUUAAUUAAUUUGAUAAAAAAGAAAAAUAAUUGAGAGAUAAAAAAAAUUAAACUUUCCUCCGAAAAUUGUGUUUUUAAUCAGUCAAUAAAUAGAGAUUGAAAUUUUAGAACAAUUCAAUUAUCCUAAUAUACAGGUUCAAUAAUUAAGUCAUUGCUGUACCUAAAAAAAAUCAGGUCUUGAGAAGUCCACACCAUUAGUUUCACGCCUUGAAAAGGUGAGCACACAGGAGUAAAAGUUUUUUUACGGAAGAUGAUUAUUUUUAAGUUCUACUUUAUGCUUUUGAUAGAAGCAAGUAUCGUAUAUAGUGAGUCCUGGAAAUGUGGAUAUUCUGCUGGCUAGAGUAGGCCUUAUUAUAGAUGAAUAUUUGUAUUUCAUACAUGCAGUGUGGUAUUUUAUACAUUUUUGUUUGUUUGUUUAUUUGUCCACUUGUCCUGAUGAAAAUAUUUUUUAAUAGGUCUUGUGCCCCUUAAAUUCUGAAUUAGAAAAUUUUCUGUGACUUUGUUGUUUCCUUAAUUUAAUGAAAAGCGAGCUGUUUUAUUAAUUUACCAGCUUGUGCUACCUACCUGCCUGUCAGACUUGCUAAACUCUGUCUUUGUUGUUUCAACUUAAAGAGAAAAUAUAUUUUCAUAUUUUUACUACUUUUUUGUUGCUCUCUUUAUUAUGUACUCUCGUCGAUAGCUCUCUUGCGAUAUAAUACACUUUUCUUCCACCAAUAACGCCUGAGUCUUGCCUCACCGCUGGUUUUAAUUGACAUGUUGACGGAAACGGAGAAUUCCUAUUUGUACCACGGAGAAUCGUUGCAGAGAGUGCAAUUUAAUACUUAUCUCUAACCUACUGUGCUAAGCAAAAUGGUAUAUUAUGUGCUAUGUAAGUUUUUUUAUAAUAAAUGUACCCAAACAAAAAUCAGCUGCUGU